UAUUGUGCGAAACGAUGCCUCGGCCGACACGUGAGUCCUACGGUGAUCAAAAACCACCCUUCUCCUAUAUAGCCCUGACGGCGAUGGCGAUCUGGAGCUCCCCGGAGCGCAUGCUGCCGCUGUCGGAGAUCUACCGGUUCAUCACGGACCGCUUCCCGUACUACCGGCGCAACACGCAGCGCUGGCAGAACUCGCUGCGGCACAACCUCUCCUUCAACGACUGCUUCGUGAAGGUGCCGCGCCGCCCGGACCGGCCCGGCAAGGGCGCCUACUGGACGCUGCACCCGCAGGCCUUCGACAUGUUCGAGAAUGGCUCACUGCUCAGGAGGCGCAAGAGGUUCAAGCUGCACAAGGGUGAAAAGGAUAGUUUGAAUGCAGAAUUGGCUGCUCUGGCUAGUUUCAAUAGAGCAUUCCUGGCGAGGCAAGCUGGAGCUCCUCCAGCUGCGGCAUCACUUCCUAGCAGUAAUAUGUACAGCCCAGCAUCAACGUUCAUAUCGCGGCCCAGCCCAGAGCCGACGGAGGCAGUAGACACUUCAGCACUGCUCCCCCUGGGUCCACGACCACGCAGAGCUUUCACGAUAGACGCUCUACUGGAGCCCGAGCCCAGACGGUCGUCUCCCUCGCCACCUCCACCACCGCCAAUACAGCCACACUGUCCUCUCCCGCUACCACCGCCCUAUCUCUUGGCUGCGCAGAGGUACCAUGCAGAGCUGCUGGCCGGUUUGCAACAGUCCUGCCUACCUCCGUUAUGGACGUGGCGAGAUACCAGUCAAUUUUCACAUUAUACGCUUAAUUCAUGAGUGUCGCAGUGUGUAAAAACAGAUCUCAGAAGUAGCUCUAGUUGUAAGAAAAUGUCUAGAGACAGUUCAUUGUAUGCAAGUUAUUUAAUUAGAUGAUUAGUGAUUGACGCCCAGGGAUUGUGUGCGAGUUCGAUGUCAUGGAACGUUUUACCCCAAGUUUGACGAUAAUAUGUGGUAUCGAUAUAAGAACAAAGAAGUUUCUUUCGAAGUCAAUAAGAAUGGUUCCCUACUAUUGCUAUGUAGAUUAAUUAAUUGUGUAAACUGUGAUAUAGGUUAGGCAUGAACUGUUGUAUAUAUGUACAGAUUUAGAAUCUAUUAUAUGGAAUUAACAAGUAUAAUUUAUUGCUAUAGACCACUAGUGGAAGAUAAUAUUAAAAAAUCUC